UCUAAGUAUAGUGGUCUUUUUUAAUUUUACUGUCGCACUGUGUAUUUUUAUUAAAUAAAAACUGUGUCAAAUAUUAUUUUCCUAUGUGUAAAUAAAAUAAAAAAACGAAUUAAAAGAAGUAAGCUGUUGUUUUCUAUCUCUUUUCCGUGUUAAAAAUAACAAAAAUGUGUAAAAAGUGAAGAGAUUCUGCGGCUAUCGAGGCGCCAGAAUGUCUGAUGAAUUGGAAGCUCGGAUGUGGGACGAGGGAGGCUCCAGAUAUGAAUCCAGAAACCGGGGAACUUAUUACGAGUCAGCCUUUGCUUCCUCAGAACACUUAGACAGAGCUCCAUUAUUAUCAGAGGAGAGUUAUACUGAGGUGCCGGUGGCGCCGCCCAGCGAGUCGGACGAACACUGUCACUGGACGAGACCUGAACCUCCCAGUGCUGUUCCUCAACUCGUCUGUGCACUUAUACUAUGCGCUGUUUUUAUGAUUUGCGAGCUGGUCGGUGGUUACUUGGCAGGCAGCCUGUCCGUGAUGAGCGAUGCGGCCCAUAUGUUAAGCGACUGCGGUGGCUUCGCGCUGGCGAUUCUCGCUUUCCGCUGCGCUGGCAGACAGCCUACCGCGAAUAUGUCUUAUGGAUAUAGGAGAGCUGAGGUAUUGGGCGCAAUGACGUCGGUUCUGCUGAUAUGGGUCCUGACGGGAGUGUUCGUGUACGUGGCAGCGCUGCGCAUACACACGGGUGAUUACCAGAUCGAGCCCGACAUGAUGAUGAUCGUGUCGGGCUGUGGUGUGGCCUUCAACGUGGUGCUGGCGUUGGUGCUGCACGGCUGCGCGUCGGACAUUGCCCACCACCACUCGCACGGCGGCGCGGCGUGCUCGCACGCGCACGAGGCGCGGCGUUUCCAGCUGUUCCGGCGGCACAAGCAGAGCAACGGCGCGCUCGCCAACGGAGACUACGGCAUGAAGGACCUCGCCGGCGCAGACGCGCACGUGGCCAGCUCCAAGGCCAGAAAUAUAAAUCUCCGAGCCGCCUUAAUCCAUGUGAUCGGUGAUCUCAUCCAGAGCUGCGGGGUACUGCUCGCUGCUGUACUCAUCAAAAUAUAUCCCGACGCGAAGGUGGUGGACCCGGUGUGCACGUUCGUGUUCGGCGUGCUGGUGCUGCUGACGUCGGCGCGCGUGGUGCGCGACGCGCUCGCCAUGCUCAUGCAGGCCGUGCCCGCGCACUUCCGGUACAGAGAAUGUGUAGCCUCACUGUCAGCUGUGAACGGCGUGCGGCACGUACACUCCGUCCAUGCGUGGGCUCUGUCGACCCACCACACCGUUUUAACAGCACACAUUGCUAUUGAUGAACUGGCCGACUGGGAGGCCGUCCUCCAUAGCUGCCAGCAGCUGGCGCGCAGUCAGUUUAAUGUCGCCAGCGCUGCUUUCCAAGUGGAGCGAUAUUCCAGCUGCAUGACCACGUGCCGGCACUGCAGGCAGCCUGCCGCCGUGCCCUGACCCCUGUGCACGCUGAGCCGCUAGCCGGAUGUAGAAUAAUGCGGCUGAGCGCGACCACCGGGCGAGUUUAACACAACAAAGAAGUAAUAAAUAAGAAAUAAUGUGAAUAUGAGAUGAAAUUAUAUAUGUUAUUAAGUUGAAGAGAGACAGAGACAGUAGAAAUGAUCCAAAUGGGGGGAAAAAUUGGAUGUGUUAUGUGUAAGAUAAAUGACGGUUACGGGGAACGGAACAUUCCAAGAAGUAUUAAUAUAUAACAAAUUAAUUGUAAGACGGUUAUUUGAAGCUUUCAAAUAAAUUUUGUCGCUGUUCGUGUAAAAGGUCGUACGUGCAAUCAUGUCCAAACUCUGACAAACACCACUGAAUUUUCACGUGCUUAAUUUGUGUUUAUAAUGCAUCUCGUGCUACGGUGAAGGAAAAUAUUGAGAGGGAACCUGCAAGUGUCUAAUUCAAUUCUAACACAAUAUCUACAAACCUGCAUUGGAUAAGCGUGGUGGAAUAAGUACCAAACCAUCUCCUCAAAGGGAGUGGCCUAAGCCUAGCUGUGGGUAAUUCACAGGCCGUUGCUCUCUUCUUUUAACUUUGUAUAAAAAUUUAAUUGUAUUGUAAAAGAGACUGUCUUAUGGCUAAUUAGCCAUCUCACUCGAAGAACCCACUCCGAGAUAUUUAGCCAUAGAUUAACAUACAAAUACAUACAAACUAAUAUUUAUAGCAUUUUUGUUUAAUUAAUUAACAAGUUUUAAAUUCGAAUUUAAUUAUUGUAACGACCUUUUCCAUUGACAGUAGCGAGAUAUUAGUUAAGUUAAAUUGUCAUAUUUCAAAUAGAAACCGCUUGUGCAAUGAAAAUUUUUUCUUUAAAAAUCUAUUUAUUUUAAAUUCAUACACACAGAAGCUAUUUUUUUAUCUGAGUACAAGUUAUUUUGUAAUUCUUUAUAACUGCUAAUUGUAAAUAGUGCGGUCGCGUUAAGAUGAUUUCUAAGUUAUAACAUGCUUACUUAUAGGAUCUUUGACUGAUAUCUACCAAAUACCAGCGGGCAUAGACGAAUUCAUUCGAUUCGAUUCGAAGCGAUUUAUAUAGUCUAUGAUUUGUUAAUAAUAGAUCACUUGUCAUGUCUAUACAUAUUGGUAUUUUCUGCAAUCCAUAGAGUAAUAAUAUGCAAGUAAUAAAACAAUUUUCUAAUAUAACAGGUUUUGAGAUAUCGCCCUGUACUGGGCUCGAUAACGUGCUUAUUUAUAUUCUAAGCUACACACGUUUAGUCGUUUCUGAACUUUGGCAGGUCUAUAAAAGGCUUGCUAUCCUUUUUAAACUGUAGAAAGAGAUAGCAAUAUCUUUAGUCGUGUCAAGUAAUUUUAGUCAAAUUUGACAGCUUUCUGUCAGUCAGUUGAUAGUGAUCUGUAAAUGUCAGUUGACUUUGACAGUUCGUCUACAAUUCUUGAUUAGGCGAAUUAUAGGUGACAAUCAAUUUUUUUAACGACGUUAUAAAAAAUGACAUUUUGAAAUUAUAUUUUUAAUGUUUUGAAGCAAUAGUCAUGAUAAAGAUCACCAAAGAAAAUUUAAUUAAUAUUCAAACGUGAUAAAUAAUUACAUAUAGUCUUAACUGCUAUCGCUUUGUCGUUUAAGGCGACAUUUUUUCUUGAAGAUGUACGCCCAGGCGCAUUCGUGAGAUCUUUAUGGGGAGACAUCCCAAACACCCUUAUUUAGAAGGUGGAUUAGCGCGACCUCUAUAGUAUUUAAAGUGCCAAAGUUUGUAAUGGAAAUCAUGUAUUUGACAAUUAUAUUAUGAAUAUUUAGUAUAAGUUUAAAUAUAUAACUAUUUGAUUAUUAAUGAAGCUUUGUUGUAAAUUUAAAGACACUUGUUGACUCGCAUAAUGUUUUUUAGAUAUAAGAAAAUUAAUUAUUUUUGAAGUAUUAAAUGUUAACAUUCUCUAGUGGAUAAUGAGAACGCACAAUUUUGAUCAUGAGGCUUACGAGUUAUUAUUGAUUGUUAGUACAUAAUUUCUGUAAAUAUAUUUAGUUUAAAUAGGAUUUAAAAAAAAAAUCCCUUAUACUUCAUAACAUUGUGUAUUUCUCUUCCAUUCAACUGUCUCUAGUCAUAUCCUCAUUUACCCCCUUUUCCCUCUUGUCAUAUAGUAAUUCACAUUCAUACUUUAUUAUUUUCUUGUAAUAUGUCAUUCAGCCUCUACAUCACACGUCCCAACUUUGAUCAUCAAACAUCACCAUUAAUAAUGAACAUCCAAUAUAUUCACAAUCAUAAUUAUUGCAUGUUCAUAGUUUUAAUGUACUUAUUUAUUUUGUACAAAUUGAAUUUAUGUUAUGAAAAUAUUUACUUUAUUUUAUUAAAUAUAUUAUUUAAUUUAAUUAUUUAUGUUAAUUUGAGAAUGUUAAUUUUUAAUUGUGGUCACAUUGAAAUUGUACAAAGAUUUUGACCAAAAUAUUAUGUAAUGUUUUAUGAGUUUAUUCUAAUUAUGUAAAAGUCAAUAUAGUGCGUUCAUGUUCGAUACGUUUGAGUAAAUUGUUCUCGAUAUAAAUAAGACUUAAUUAUUAAUGUGAUGCUUGAAAAAAAUAUUCUGAAAUAUAAUUCAUCUGCGUUUCAGAUUAUACAUAUAUAAUCUGUAAAUUUCUGUCGUAGAAAAGACGAGUUUAUACAUAUUCUAUUUUUUUUUUUCAAAUAUAUAAAAUAUGUCUAGCACUGUCUUACAUAUAUGUUAAUGUCAGAUGAUUUAUUUUAUUUAAAAAUUAAUUACUUCAGUUAUUUCGGCAUUAUUAUUAAUACAUUAUAUACUAACAUUUGAUGUUUAACAGAAUUUCAGUAAUCUUAUCGUUCUGUUAUUUUUGUUUAAAACAAAAAUGUUUUGGCGCGAACAUCUGUCAUAAUCGCCGAUGUCAGGUUAAAUGUAAUUUUAAAAAUGUUUAAAAAGAAUAUAAAUUUCACGAUUAUUCGAAAUUUAAUAUUCGAAAAUAAUUAUUAUUAUGAAAAAAAAAAAACUUUUAUAAACUUCAUUCAGUAUUAAAGAGAAAUGAAUCAAUUGCAAGGUCAUAAAAUAUAAUAUUGGUAAUAUUAAUUAAGUAGUAAAUAUUUACGUAAUUAUAUAUUUGUUUAGCAAUCGUGUACUUACUGUAAAUAUUACAUUAUAAGACUAUUUAUUUUCCAAAGAAAAUUACUCUUUUUUUCUAAUAUUAAGUUCUAUUUGCAAAUUGUAAAAUUGCAUCUACAUUUUAAUUAAACAUAAAUGAAUACAAUUACAUGCUCAAAUAGUGAAUUUAUUGUGAUAGUUUUAUAGGUAUUAUUAUAUUUAUUUUUAGUAAGACGUAGAUGUUUGCGCGUUUAAAAAAAAAAGAUUAUUUGAAUCUUAAAUAAUUGACACGAGUAUUAUUCUCGAGGCUUAUGAAAAGGCGGACAUAUUUUCCGAUUCGCUGUCCAAGAUAGACAUUAUAAGUUAAUCAAUUCGACCUUAAUCCCAUACCGAAUUAUAAUUAUUCAACAAUGUUUAUGUUAAUAUUAUAUUACAAUCUUAAGUCGUUUUUUAUUUAACUAUUUUUUAAUUCUUCUAAAUUAUAUUUUUCUAUUUUAUUUUCAUGAAAUUCUAUCUAAUAUUGACUGUUAUUUAAAUAUUCGUUUCGAAGCAAUUACGCUUUAAUGUUAAAAAGGGGUACGUUAAAUUAUUGUACGAAAACUUAUCUCGUGCUAUAAUGUUGGUUUAAAUGAAGUGUCAGUCGAAUUAGCCGCUGUGUAAAUUGUUAAUUUUAUUAUAAUUUAUUAGCUGUUUUGUUCUAUGUCAAUGUAUUUGCCGUCCGUGUAUGUAAUCUGUUGUAACAAG